AUGAGAGGAGCGAGCGGCAUGGAUGGGGCGCCCAAGGCGCUCCUGGCCAGGGCACUUUAUAACAAUGCCCCGGACUGCUUUGAUGAGCUGGCUUUCUGCAAAGGAGACAUUCUGACUAUUCUGGAACAGCAUGUCCCGGAGAGCGAGGGCUGGUGGCGGUGUUUGCUCCAUGGGAGGCAAGGCCUGGCCCCUGCCAACCGCCUCCAAAUCCUCUCGGAGGCCCCGGCAGAUGGUCCCUGCCCCCCUUUCCUGAUACCCCUGGAGGAAGGUCUCGCCAGCUCCAAGGAGGCUUACCAGGUGACCAACCCGCUGAGGGCCCCACCUCCAGGCCCCGUAUACGAGUCGAUGAAGAGCUGGGUGGUGGGGCCCCCGCCACACACAGCCCAAGUCUACGAAUUCCCUGACCCACCCGCCAGCGCCAGAAUCAUCUGUGAAAAGGUGCCAAGCUUCCCGAAACAGGCCGUCAUCCCGGUUCCAAGACCCGCCCAGGCCUCGUUGCUCGCUCUGUACGAUGUGCCCGCCCAGAGCCGCGGCCCCUCGGCCUUGAAGGAGCCGGGGAAGCAGCAGUUAUAUGACAUCCCCGCCAGCCCCAGGAAGGCUGACUGCGGUCCCCCAGCCAGCCAGCCCAGCAGGCAGAGUGCUCCUGUGACAGCAACAGUUCCCUCGAGGACAGCCUGCUACAAAACACUGCCAAAUCCCCAGAAACCCGAGUGGAUUUAUGACAUUCCAGCGUCUCCAGCAAAAGCUGGUGUGAGAAACGUCUGUGCUGCCAGCGUUGUGGAAGAAUCGGGGUUGCUCCCCAGAUCCAUGUCCAGCUUCCACAGUCCUCCGAGUAGCAGAGCGCGGCCCCUCGCUCCACUCCUGCAUGGAGAUGUGCCCGUGCAGAACCCCAGCCUUCCAGUAGCCCCCGCCGGCCCCGGUCCAGUGCCGGGGGACACCUGCCCUCCCGAUGGUGGGGUCAGCUACAAGGUCCCUUCCAGCUUCCUGGUUCCCCACCUGGAGCAGCAGAACACCAAGCCCAACAUCUACGACGUCCCUGUGGCCGUGCCCAGUGGCCCUCGGGCUGGAAAAGAGCUGGGGGACGCCGACGGGGCUUCAGAGGAGGCCUCGGACCCUCACUGCAAAUGGCUCUCCAGACAGGCCACAUGGCUUGCCCCUGAGACGGACAGACUGUCCGUGAACAGCUCUGACAGCAGGUCCAGCGUCAUGUCCUCCUGCUCCUCCACAUCCACCGACUCCUCGUGUAGCUCCUCCUCUGAGGAGUUAGCGAAGGAGCUGUCCUUGGACCUGGCCUUGGCCAAGGGGAUGGUGACAGCCCUCCAGCAGAAGGUGGCCAGCUCAGUGGAUGGCCUGAUGCUCUUCGUGAGCAGGAAUUGGAGGCUCAGAGACUCCCUGGAGGCCAACAUCAAGGCUAUCCGCAGGGCCGCUGGCCUCAUCGAGGAGUCCCUGAGGGAAUUUCUGGACUUUGCACGUGGAGUCUGCGGGGCCGCCUGUCACCUCCCCGGCAGUAGCCUCCAGGACAGAAUGAGGGAUCAGCUGCAGACGAUCUCUGACUCCUACCACAUCCUGCUGGAAGCCAAGGAGAGCCUGGAGGGCUGCCACUGGUCCCUGGACGUCCUUGUGACAGACAGAGCCCAGGGCAGCCUGGAUGACCUGGAGAGGUUUGUCUCGGUGGCGCGGAUGGUCCCGGAAGACAUCAAGAGGUUUACCUCCAUCGUCAUCGCCAAUGGGAGGCUCCUCUUCAAGCAGAACUGUGAGAAGGAAGAUACCCCAUUCUGGGCCCCCAGGGCAGAAUUCAAGCUUGCAGAAGGCACCCAGCUUCCCCAGAGGGAAAUGGAGUCCCACCAGCGGAGUGCGCCUUGUCCUCAGCAGAGGGAGGGCAGGCCCUGCCAGGCCAGUGUCUGUGAAAAGGACCCUAGCGCCCCCGGACCCCCGCCUCCGGGCCAGCAGGACCUCGGGGAGAAGGCCCGCCUCUCGGAACACUGCCGGCUCUAUUUCGGGGCGCUCUUCAAGGCCGUGGGCGUCUUCCAGGGCAGCCUCCUCCACGCCCAGCCCCCCGAGACCCUCGUGGCGCAGAGCAAGCUGGUCAUCACGAUCGGGCAGAAGCUGGUGGACACGCUGUGCAGGGAGACACAGGACAGGGACGCGCGCAACGAGAUCCUGCGCGGCAGCAGCCGGCUGUGCGGCCUGCUCAAGGCCCUGGCGCUGGCCACCAAGCGCGCCGUGCUGCGCCCCGGCCCCGCCGCGCUGCCAGGGCUCCGCGCCGCCGCCCAGGAGCUGGAGCAGCACGCGAGGCAGUUCCGGGGGUCCUUGGACUGA